AUGACGCUUCGUUGGGCAGGAAAAAAAAGCGACAGAAAAGAAAAAGCAGAAAAAAAAAAGAAGAAGAAAAGGACGACGGAACUUCGCACACACGCGAAACGCACAGAGAAGACAGAGAGCGAGCGAGGACGUCUUGACAUCGAUCAGGUAGUCACCUUUCGGUUAAGCAUCCAAGAGAUUCUCGAUUUGCGAUAUCCAGCGAACAACCAGCCAGUGCGCCAGCCAACUCCCCCACCACGAACACCCCAGACUCCGUCGACCACCGCCAGCGACCAACGACCACCACGGAAUAGAAGAGAGAAAGCGAUAUCAACUAGAAUCAAGAAGAAACAAAGCCUAGCAAUCAUGCCGCCGUCAAAGUGGGGGUUCUCUCGCGUGGAUGUGUUGGCAAGCACAUCAGCUACAUUAUCAUACAUGAAGCACGAACACCUUGCUUGGUUAAACCUCCGGAAGAGCGAAGAUGAAGAGAGUACGCCUCCAUCAUCACCACCACCAGUAGCUGCCGUUGCGCGCCGCAAGUUUGAUGACGAAGAAGACAGUGACGAUGUUCUCGAUGACUGGGAGGCUGCCGAGGACAGCGAAGUUGAGCGUGAGAAGGCCCAGAAGGCCGCUGCUGCCAAAGCAAAAGCCGAGGCCGAAGCGUUAGCAAAUAAGAAGAGCCGCUCCCAGCGAAUAGCCGAGCACCAGGCCGCCGCUGCACGACGACGAGCAGAGCAAGAGUCGGAGGAAGAAAGCGAUUCUGAAGAAGAUCUAGCCGCCAAGCGUGAGAAGCUACGCCGAACCGAACAAGAUGCGGACCUGAAGCAUGCUGAAGACCUAUUCGGAGACAUCGACUUGAACCGCACCCGCAACCGCACCGCACCAAGCAAGAGCGUGAUAUCAGAUGCCAACGACCCGACCAAAUCCAUCGAUCUAGCCUCAAUUCCUCUCUUCAAACCCAGCACAAAACUACAAUUUACGGCCCUGACCAAUGCCCUCGUGCCACUACUAACAGCCCAGGCCAAGAACCCAGCAUAUACCCUCUGGCUGCAGGACUUCACCAAGCAACUAGUCAAGGAUCUCCCCAGCCAGGAAAUCAAGAAGAUUGCCAGUGCCAUGACGGCUGCCAGCAACGAGAAGCUCAAGGAAGAAAAGGCGGCUGAUAAGAGUGGAAAGAAGACCAAGGCCGCUAAGACCAAGACUAGCCUUGUUGCUACUCGUGGAGCAGACCUAAACGCUUAUGAUGAUGUUGGUGACGAUCUUGGAGAUGACGAUUUUAUGUGA